CCAAAACUAUCGACCAUCUCUAGCGUUUAUAGCCGUCCCGUGACAAUAAAUCCACUGGAAAAUACAAACAGGGAAAAUUCGGGGAACAGUCCUGGGAAAAUGUCACCCAAGAACAACCACGAUCCCUCUUCGUCCGGCGACUCCGGCAACAGCAAUGUCCAGGAGGCGGAUCUCCAAGAGAUGGAGGACGUGAACAACAGCCUGGACGCCCUCAGUUGCGCCCUGGACGCCGUGGAGCAGCGCACGGACGACAUCAUGUCCCAGUUGCGUGAGCUGCUCAACUCCAACCGGGAGAUCCGUCGCCUGCUCGCCGAGGAGAAGGACAACGCUCCGGAAUCGGAGUCGGGCGACGACAACAUGGACGGCCAGUCGGCCAGCGAGAGUGCAUCCAAGUAGUUACCACCUACAAUCAGUUAUUGUUUUGAUCACCCUAAUCGUUUCUAGACACAAUCUGUGUUUUGUUUUGUUUUUUUCUUCUAUUAUCAUGUAUUAUUGACUCUUAACCUAAGUAAAUGUAAUUUGAAGGCAAA